AUGGACUUUCCGUCGCAGUAUCCAGAGUCCCCCGCCAAACCUCUGGCUGGCCCAGCACGUGCGCGUGUGCUAGCCCGUCAGAAUCGCACAACGACACUCAAGCCGUACGCAAGAAGACAGUCGUCGGGACUUACCGCUUCUGGCUCCGUCACUUCUCUUCACACCGAAACCGACUCACCUGUACGCACUCCUUCGACACCGAACACCAAAACACUCGCACCACUUUCGACACAGCCCGCGCGCUCCGCCUUUUCUCCGCUCCGUGCAGCCGCUGCGCCCAUCGCUUUGCUUGGCAGCGUGCGCAAGAUGGUGACAAAGCCAUUGUCAUGGCUCACCAGCGUCGCUUCCUCCGUAGAGCCCGAGCUCGGAAUCCCGACAUCCUCGAGCACCAACUCGCUCUCGUCCAUCGCACGCAAACGAGCAGCUGCUCAGGCUUCACUCAAAUCCGGUAACAACGAUUCCAGCUACGAGAGGGAUGCCCCCACUCGCGCUGCUAGGGCCGUUGGCGAGCGUCUGGCCGCAGGUCUUCUGUCUCGCUCCAAUCUCCACGAUGACGAAGAGAGUCAGCUGCGUCCACCCACUUCCACCCUUUCAUCUUCCAGGUCAAUGUCACGCCUUGCUCCCGCACCGGCACCUGCACGUGCCACACGCCACCAAUCUCCGUUCAUCCAGGAGACUCCCAUCGCUGGACCUUCUGCUCCGUCGCGGUCGAGCGACAAGCCGACCAUGUGGAGCAGCCGCUCAUCUAAGCGCACGCUCGAAGUUGGCGCCCGUCCCGUCGACGACGACAAAUCCAUCGAUGCCAUGAGCGACGUAAGCAGGACGUCACCCUCUCGAUCCCACGCUCACCAUUCAAGAAGUCAGCACGCCCUUCGAAGCCCUCGUUCUCAGAUGCUCGGUUACCGCGGCUCCUCACUUCGGCCCGACGAUGCCAUGUCCGAAUCUGGCUCCACCUCAUUAAGCCAUUCGCACUCGUUCAGCGCAUUCGGCUACGGCAACGAGAUCCGCUACACCGACAGCGCAUUCGGGUUGCCUCCGUCCAGCUCGCCCUUCCAGCUUUCUUCGCGUAACACUCUCGGCCACCGCACGCGCGCUCCCUUCAGCUCUGGUCUCUUCACCGAGACUGGCACGCCCGGCCGCACCUCUCGCGCUGGCAGCGUCAGCAUUCGUGGCGCGUCACCGGCACCUUCAGCUGGCUAUUCUCCAGCCCGUCAUCGCGAGGGCACACCGCAGCGACGCAAUUGGAAUGGCGUCAACCUGGCAGCCCCGUCUGUGCCAUCUGUAGGCGACGAAAUGAUGCGAGAGUACCUCGCUUCUCGUACCCUGCCUGGCAUCAACCCGAGUGUUCGGCGCAAUCUCGGCUUGUCCGCGGACGAGCCAAUGAUCACCUCUUCCUCCGUGGCAGGCGGUAGCGUCAUCGACGAAACGGAAUCCGUAACGCCAAGUCGUCUCGGUAAGCGCGACAUUGACAUGAGUGUCGACGGUGAUUCGGAAAGGCUUGGCGCCGCCGGCACGCCAUCCAAACGUCGCAUGGUCUGGCAUCCCGAGCUCGGCUUUAUCAGUCACGAAGAGCUCAAAGCCCGCGAGCCGAAGCUGCCGUCGCCCAAGAACGAAGCCGAACGUCUCCUCAAUGUCCUCGAGACUCUACGCAAACCAACAUCGUCGAGAGGAGCUGCUCAGGCAAAGGGGCCAUCUGCUCAAAUACACGUUCCAGCUCCCAUCUCGGACCUUCCUUCCGCCAAGACCGCGAGAUCGCAAGAGGGUAAGCAGACCAUCGGCGUUGCUCCUUACACAAGAUACUUGCGCAAAGCGAAGACGGUUCAGUCAGUCGACCAGCAAGGUGGUAUGAGGGCUAAAUUGAAGAAGGUGCAACGCGCAAACGUCAUGGAAGUCGAUGAUGCGGCGACAGAGGACUCGGCUGCUUCCGAGAACGAAGACGCGAACUCAGAUGAUGAUGAAGAGCAAGAGGAAAAGGAAGAAGAGGAGGAAGAAGAGGAGGAUGAGCCAGCACCGCCCCAACCGGAACCGGUUCGACGAUCGCGACGCCUCCAACACCAAGCUCCUAACCCGGAAGAAGUCGUUCAAACCCCUGUCAAGCAGGUCGCCAAGCCCGCUCGCGCUACCCAGCUCAAGUCGGCUUUGAAGGCCACGCCACUCCGAGCUGCUGCCCAACCUCAAGCUACUCCUGCCAAAGCUGCAGCUGAGACGCCCAGGCCAGCUUCCCACCGCAUUCCUCUCUCUGCCGCCACCAAAGCGCCAUCCAGCAUUGUCAAGAAGGACAACUUCGUUGUGAAAACGUCCAGCGACCCUACUGCGCCUAGAGAGAGAAGUUCACUCCGUCAGGGCGCCGCAAAAACCUCUCGUACUCAUCAGAGCUCUGGCAAGUUCAGUGCUUGGGACGACGAUGAAGAGGAAGAGGAUCUGCCCGAGGCUGGCGACCUUGCCAAGAUCAAGUUGCCCACCAACAUGUUCCCUUCUGGCUUCUCGUUCGGCAGCUCAGCAGCAACCGAAACCGCCACAACGUCCGAGGCGACCUCCUCCGAAGCCACCUCGAAGUCUGUUGACUCGGCUCAGUCGAGCUCGGGUGGCUCUCUGCUGAGCCGCCUUGGAGGCUUCGAUUCUUCUUCCCCUUCGAGCCAGAAGAGCGAAGCGCCGAAAUCAGCGGCCCAAGUACCAUCGUUCUCUUUCUCUGCCCCUUCCAAGGACGCCCCAGACGCAUUGCCAAAGUUCAGUUUCGGAAACAGUGCUUCCAAUGCUACUUCGAAGGAAGGAGAUAGCUCGUCCAAGAAAUCUGCUGCGCCUCCCGCCUCCGACUUCUUUAGCAAGCCUGCCGAGCCCGCAUCCAAGUCGCUCGACGAGGCCAAGAAGGACGGACCUGUGCCCAACUUUUUCGGCAGCACAAUGAAGAAAUUCGAGAGCAGACCCGCCGGCGCGCCUACUGCCCCUACCGCAGCCGGAGGCUUUUCUUUUGGUGCUCCUGCAGCUUCAGGCAAGCCUAACGAUGACGCUGCUUCAAGCAAGCCUGCCUCAUUCAGCUUUGGUGCCCCGAAACCAAAUGACGAGUCUGCCUCCUCUCCCGUCACAACCAGCAACACCUUCGGGUCCUUUGGCGCCAAACCAACGCAGUCUACAGAGAGGAAGGCCGAGUCGGCAGCAGCCACCACUCCCUCUUUCUUCGGCUCUUCGUCCGCUGCAUUGUCUGCCAGUGGCUUCAGCUUUGGUGCUCCGUCGACACCCACCGCUACCACCGGAUCCAAGCGAGGAGCGGAUGACGAAGACGAACCAGCCGCUAAGAAGAGCAUGCCUAGCUUCUCGUUUGGGGCUCCUGCUGCUGCUGCUGCUGCUGCUGCUGCUACUCCGACUGCAUCUAAGCCGGCCGGCAGCGGCUUCAACUUUGGCGCUCCUGCAGCAGGAAGUGGCGAGAAGAAGGACGAUGCCGCGACGGCAGGGAUGCCGAACUUCUUCGGCGCAAAGGGAAAUGAUACCGCCAAGCCGGCUGUUUCGACAACCAGUGGCGGAUUCUCGUUUGGCAAAGCUGCUUCGGAGAACGCCUCUGGUGGAUUUGGUGCGUCCAAACCUGCUGAUUCGGCUUCGUCAGUCUGCCUCUUCGGUUGCUACAGCGGCCGCCUCGCCAGCGACGUCUGCUCCGGCAUCGGGAGCGACCACCCCCAACGGCACCUUCACAUUAGGUGCUCCAGCUGGCAAGACAGAUGCCUCAGCGACGAGCAAACCCGCGAGCAGCGGCUUUUCGUUCGGAACACCUGCAGCCGGCGGCGCCAGCAGCGGAUUCGGCAGUGGUACCACCAGCACCAGCGGAUUCGGCGGGUUCGGGGCAAAGCCCGCCGCUGGCACUGCCGCAACCGGAUCAGAGAUGAUGGACGACUCACCUCAGAGGAAUCUCUCCGCUACACCGUCCGCGCCGAGUUUCACGUUUGGCUCUGCUACGCCUUCUACCACUCCGGCUAA